AUGCACUGGAGUGAUAGGUUUUGGUGGACAAUUGGUUUCGGUCUAUCACUUGGGCUAUGCGGUUCAAUGAUUCAAAACUUCUGGACGCAGUGGAAUGAGGAUCCAUUUAAGUUGAAUAUCGAUGGAACAGCAGACAUUUCGUCAAUUCCAUUUCCAACCAUAACAAUUUGCCCCAUAAUGAAAGCAUUGAAAUCCAAAUUAGACAUAUCAUCAAAAUUCAAUCAAAAUCUCGAGCCAAUAGCGAAUUUAUCGGACACGGAGUUAUCACAACUAGAUGUACUGAUACAAUUGUACUCUGUCCCAACGCUAGAGCUGAAUGAAAAAAUGGAUAAAUUCACUGAUGAUUCGAUUUACAAUUUAAUUGAAGAAAUGGCUCCCAAUCUCACGUACACUAUGCAUGAAUGCCGAUGGCAGCAAAAGAAAAUUAAUUGUGUUGAAUAUUUCAUACCAAUGGUGACUGGUGCAGGUCUUUGUUUUGCAUUCAAUGCAUUAAAUUCGCGUGAUAUUUAUACAGAUGAGUCAGCUUCUGCAUUGAUAAAUACAAAGGCUCGAUCAAAUUUAUCAAAUUGGAGCAUAGAAACUGGUUAUAAUGGCGAAUAUAAUGGUAGCGAAUAUCCAAAUCGUGUGCCUAAAUCAGGUCGUGAACAUGGUCUUGAUAUAGUUCUUUCAAUGAAUACACGCGACCAUGAUGCGUUUUGCGAAGGUGGAAAUCAUGGAUUUCAGAUUGGUCUAAAUGCACCAAGUGACAUGGAACUUAUCGAAAGCAGUCUUAAUUACAUAAAACCAUUCACUGACACCAAAAUAAUAAUUAAACCAACGCUGUUUGCCACUUUGGAUGGAUUGGGCAAUUAUGAACCGAAACAACGCAACUGCUAUUUCAAAUCUGAGCGAAAAUUACGCUUUUUCAAAACUUAUACACAGUCUAAUUGCAAUAUGGAAUGCAGAGCAAAUUUUACCAAGCAAAAAUGUGACUGUGUGAAAUUUAGUUUACCAAGGGAUAACGAUACAGAAAUCUGUGGUGGAGCAAGUAUUGAUUGUUAUAGAACUGCAUGGACUGAAUCACCUAAUUGUAAUUGCUUGCCAAGUUGUAAAUAUACAUAUUACGAUUUGGAAAUGUCGAGUGUAAAGAUAAGUGAUAGUGAAGUAAAAGCAAUGAAAUCUAAAAUGAUGGGUCAAGAGAUAACUCGAUUGUCUAUCUACUUUGAUGACCAAGAAACGAUGAAAAUUGAAAAACGUAUAAAUAGAUACAGUCUGGAGGAUAUUUUGGCGUUUUGUGGCGGUGUGCUUGGAUUAUUUCUGGGCGUUUCACUAUUGAGCAUCAUCGAAAUUGUCUAUUAUUUUACACUUCGUUUGUUCUGGAUCAUUUACCGCCCGAGAAUAGGAAAAGUCAAAGCACCAUUGGAAAAGACGACAAUUGGCGAAAUUCAACGUUCCAAAUAUUGGACGGUAUUUCGUAAACGGAAUGCGUCAUUUUCUUCGAGCAUUUCGGAUAUUUUACAGAGACUUUUGCUUGAAGUCUAA